GCUGCAGAUGUCACCUGUUACCUGAACCACUGGUUAGCACAAGUGGGAUUCAACCCUACCUGAAAACUGAGGCAACUAUAUUCUGUGCAGUUUAGUUUCAUUUCUUCACAUCUUCAUAGACAGCUGUAGAGGGGGAUUAACCCUCUUCAAGGGUACCUGAACCAUCUGUCUAUUCAAAUGCAUCUGUAACCAUCUGUGCGCUGUCUCUUUUGCCUUCUGGAUUUAAGCAGAUUUUUUUUCCCUCUCAGCACCCUCCUCGGGCUCAGCCUCCUGACCUCAACCUUCCAGCACUUUCCUAAGUGGAACGGAGCAACCUGCUGCUGCCUUGGUCUGAAAACUGCCUCAGCCUUGGGUUUGUACACCUUGACAGGCACCGAUAUGGCUGCACAGCCGUGGCCAGGCCACUGACUAGGUGGUCAUGGUCUAUGACUACUGGACUUACAGAUAUAUGAACCCAGUGCUACAUUGACUUACACCCCUGUGAACGGGGAUAUUCUUGUCCCUCCUGGGGGCUGUCACCCGCAGCUCCCAUAUUCACUGAGGAAAGCCUUCCUUUCGCCGCUGUUAUUACAAGAAUUGUCAAAAUAUGAGGGAGUUCUACCUUAACUUUCAUCACUCGAGGCAAAACAGCGGCCUUAACUCACUUCCAGCCGCACUUGAACGCAGCACCUCCUCUCAACGACACCCUUUCCAGUCAGGACUGCGCCAUUUCCCCGCCCGCCCGCUAGGACCGACCGUGGCGGCCGCAAGGACAAGAUGGCGCCUCCCGCCCGAUGCGCCCACCUGCCACCUGCCAACCCCCGGUCCCCGCGAGCCGGCGGCGGUCCCCAGCUAUCCCCCGGCCGCCACCUCCCGGUUGCCACCUCCCGGCCGCUACCGGCCGCCCGCUCCGCCCCAACGGCCGCUCCCCCCCACCUCCGCUCCGCCCCAACGGGCGGCCCCGGAGCGGCUCUGCUCUGCCCCCUACCCCCGGCCCCUCCCCGGCCCCGCUCGGGAAGAUGGCGCUGCGCGGCCAGAGUCUGGCAGAACUAGAAGUACUAUGUAACCACCUAUAUGAAGGAACUGAUCUCGCACAGCGAAUGCAAGCAGAGAAGGUACUCUUGGAGCUAAUUAAUAGCCCAGAAUGUCUUAGCCAGUGCCAACUUUUAUUAGAACAAGGAACAACAUCAUAUGCUCAGCUUCUAGCAGCAACAUGCCUGUCUAAGCUUGUAAGCAGGGCAUCUCCAUUACCUGUUGAACAAAGGAUUGACAUCCGAAAUUACAUUCUGAACUAUGUAGCUUCUCAACCCAAACUGGCUCCUUUUGUCAUCCAAGCUCUUGUUCAAGUCAUUGCUAAAAUUACAAAAUUAGGAUGGUUUGAGGUACUGAAAGAUCAACUUAUCUUCAGAGAUAUUACUGCUGAUGUAAAAAAAUUUUUGCAGGGCACUGUGGACCAUUAUAUAAUAGGAGUAAUGAUUCUCUCAGAACUGACUCAGGAAAUGAAUCUAGUUGAUUAUUCAAGACCUUCAGCAAAACAUCGUAAAAUAGCUACCUCAUUCCGUGACACCUCUUUAAAGGACAUACUGAUGCUUGCGUGCUCUCUUUUAAAAGAGCUCUUGGCAAAACCUUUAACCAUUCAGGACCGACAGCAAGAAAGUCUAGCAAUGCAUCUUCUGAAGCUUGUGUUAAACUGUCUUAAUUUUGAUUUCAUUGGAAAUUCAGCUGAUGAAUCUGCAGAUGACCUAUGCACCGUGCAGAUUCCAACAAACUGGAGAACAAUUUUCCUGGAGCCAGGGACCUUGGACCUGUUUUUUGAUUUGUAUCAUUCCCUUCCACCAAUGCUGUCUCAGUUAGUAAGUGACACAGUGAUUUACACUCAAAUAAUGAUGGCACUUUCUUGUUUAGUUCAGUUUGCUUCUACGAGGAGAUCUUUAUUCAGCAAUCCAGAACGUGCCAAGUAUCUUGGCAAUCUAAUCAAAGGAGUGAAACAAAUACUUGAAAAUCCACAGGGUUUAUCUGAUCCGGGUACUUACCAUGAAUUCUGUCGUUUUUUGGCUCGGCUAAAGACAAAUUAUCAACUGGGAGAGCUAGUAAUGGUGAAAGAUUACCCAGAAGUUAUCCGGCUCAUAGCAAAUUUUACUAUUACUAGCUUACAGCACUGGGAGUUUGCUCCAAACAGUGUUCAUUAUUUGCUAACUCUGUGGCAAAGAAUGGUGGCAUCUGUACCUUUUGUGAAAACGGCAGAACCCCACCUCUUAGACACAUAUGCACCUGAGAUAACAAAAGCUUAUAUUACUUCUAGACUGGAUUGUGUUCCUGUAGUUAUAAGAGAUGGUUUAGAAGAUCCACUGGAUGAUACAGCUACAGUUUUCCAACAACUGGAGCAACUGUGCACAGUUAGCAGGUGUGAAUAUGAAAAGACCUGUACACUUCUUGUACAGUUGUUUGACCAAAAUGCACAAAACUACCAAAAACUAUUGCACUCUUCUAGUAGGAAUCCAUUAGAAAUCACAGUCCAGGAAGGGCGUCUGGCAUGGCUUGUCUAUUUUGUGGGUACUUUUGUGGGGGGACGAUUGACAUACACUAGUACUGAUGAACAUGAUGCCAUGGAUGGAGAAUUGUCCUGUCGAGUUUUUCAGCUCAUAUCUUUGAUGGAUGCCCAGUUACCACAGUCUAGUAAUGAAAAAGUAGAACUGGCAAUUCUGUGGUUCUUGGAUCAGUUUCGCAAGACCUAUGUGGGGGACCAGCUUCAGCACACCUCAAAGGUAUAUGCCCGAAUGUCAGAAGUCUUAGGAAUAACAGAUGACAACCAGGUUCUAGAAACAUUUAUGACAAAAAUUGUUACAAAUCUUAAAUACCGGGGAAGAUGUGAGCCUGUGAUUUUAAGAACUCUUCAGUUUCUAAAUGACCUUUCAGUUGGUUAUAGUCUCCUAAAAAAACUUGUGAAAAUAGAGGCUGUGAAGUUCAUGCUUCAGAACCACACAAGUAAGCACUUCCCUUUCUUGGGCAUCAGUGAUAAUUACAGCCUCAGUGACCUUAGGUGCCGGACAAUGUUCUACACUGCUCUCACUCGUCUUCUCAUGGUAGAUUUAGGUGAAGACGAGGAUGAAUUUGAGAAUUUCAUGCUGCCUCUCACAGUUUCAUUUGAAAGUGUGACUCAGAUAUUCAACAGUAGUUUUGAACAAGAAGAGGCAAAGCGUAUGUUGAUCGGGCUGGCAAGAGAUCUUCGAGGGAUUGCCUUUGCACUAAACACAAAGACCAGCUACACCAUGCUGUUUGACUGGAUAUACCCUGCAUACAUUUCUGUUCUGCAAAGAGCUAUUGAGUUGUGGUACCAGGAACCUGCAUGUACAACUCCUAUCUUGAAGCUGAUGGCAGAAUUCAUGCAAAACAGAUCACAACGUUUAAAUUUUGAUGUAUCGUCUCCAAAUGGAAUUCUUCUCUUCAGAGAAGCUAGUAAAAUGAUUUGUACGUACGGUAAUCAGAUCCUCUCUCUUGGGACUUUGUCAAAAGAUCAGGUUUAUCCGUUGAAACUCAAGGGCAUUUCCAUCUGUUACUCUGCACUCAAAUCUGCCUUAUGUGGAAAUUAUGUCAGCUUUGGCGUCUUCAAGUUGUACGGGGACAACCACUUUGACAAUGUACUUCAGGCCUUUGUCAAAAUGCUGCUUUCAGUAUCCCACAGUGACUUGCUACAAUAUCGAAAACUAAGCCAGUCUUAUUACCCACUUUUGGAAUGUGUGACCCAGGAUCACAUGAGUUUCAUUACCAGUUUAGAGCCUCGUGUCCUAAUCUAUAUCCUUACUUCAAUAUCUGAAGGACUUACUGCAAUAGAUACAAUCGUCUCCUCCAGCUGUUGCGCUAGCUUAGACUACAUUGUCACAUACCUCUUCAAGCACAUAGCUAAAGAAGGCAAGAAGACUCUACGACGUAGAGAAAUUUCACAGGAUGGACAAAGAUUGUUUAAUUUCAUGCAGCAGAACCCGGAAGUACUACAGCAGAUGAUGUCAAUCCUAAUGAACACCAUCAUUUUUGAAGACUGCAGAAACCAAUGGUCUGUGUCAAGACCACUGCUCGGACUUAUACUUCUCAACGAGAAAUACUUCAGUGAGCUAAAGGCAACCUUGAUAAACAGCCAGCCUGACAGCAAACGAGAAGUCCUUGACCAGUGCUUCAGGAACCUCAUGGAAGGAGUCGAGCAAAACCUUUUGGUAAAGAACAGAGACAGGUUCACUCAGAAUAUGUCAGUCUUUCGAAGAGACAUGGUUGAAGCUCUGCGCAGCGAAGGGGCCUCAGAUCACGGCAGUUUGGACAUGAUGAGUUGACAUCGACUUAGGAAACCAGAGCACUGGCUAAUAAAACUGCUUUGAAAGUUUUGAGACUCUGUUAUAUUGUUAGAUUUUGUCCCCUAUGAAAACUAUUUUUUUAAGAUAACUUCUGCCUUUUUAUAUCUCUAGCAUAAACAUAAGGAUUUGUGAUAGUGAAAACAAUGUAAAAUCAGCCUUAGCUUGAACAUUUUCAGCCUUUCUUACCAAAAUUUAUUAUCUUGUUCUUUUAUCUUUACAAAAUGGUGUAGAAACAGUACUUAACCAAAGAACAAAAUAAAUAUGCAUUCCUUCUGAACUUGCAUUAGUUAAUGAUUCUCAGUUCUGCAUAUAGUAUUAAGUAACAUCUCUUACCGAUAAAAAAACCCUGAGCUCAUUCUGACUGAGCUCAUACUUGUUGGAAAAUGAGUUGAAAACCAGUGCAAAUUUUAUAUGACAUCUUUUUGAAAUA